CGGCAUCUCAUUGAGCACUCCUGAGAAAGUUUUUAGGUAGUUGACAUUGGUCCAAAUGCUGAAAAUAAAGAGGAGGUUUCGAAGGUUCUGGGGGGAGAAGGCAGAGCUUCGGAGGUACAAAGAUGGUACUAUUGCAGAAAGCACAGUAUGGGGAAGUGAGCAGUGGACAAGACAUCUCAUUUUGAAAAGAAUUAUUGAGUAUGUUUUUCAGCGACAUCUUUCUCUACCAAAAGAAAAUAUAGUGCAAAUAGUUGAUCAACUUGAUUUCUCUCUUCUUCAUGGUUCUAAAGGGAUUGUUAGACCAUUAACUGCUGUUAGUUUUGUUAUUUUCUUCUUUCAGGGUUGCUUUCUUUUCUCCUCACAUAAGAAACAAAGUUUAAUACCUGUGAUUCAUGAUAAAGGGUGCUAA